AAGCGAAAGUGCGAGCUGUCAAAACAAUGCAUAAAUUUUGUGUUCGUUUGUGAAAUUGUGACGAUUAGAAAGUUUUGUGUUUUCUGCGGAAAUCCUGGGUUUCGGAGACCAAAAAUUGGGAUGAUAAUUGCGAAAAAGGUGCCCUGAACCCUAGGAUCCGGCAAUGGAUUACGUGUACAUGAGUGGUGACCCGGUCAAUCGAGCCGAGGACAUCAUCACCCUGACAAUGUAUGACAAUGGUCCCCCGGCGGGAGAUUACCCGGAAGGAGGUUUUGGUCCGUUCAACAUUGGAUUCGGUGAGCCUGAGUACAUGGAGCAUGGUAUGGUGCUGGCAGAUGGUGGCGAUAGGUUCGGAGUGUCGACGGUUUCCUUCGACACACAGGAAGAAUUAAUUUGGAUGGGUAAUCAGGGUGGGCAUGUCACGUCCUAUUAUGGGGGCACGAUGCAGAAAUAUACAUCCUUUCAAGUGCACGCCAACGAGAUUGUCCGGCAGAUCCAUACUAUCGAUGCGGGAAUACUGGCGUUGACGAGUACAACGCUGCGCCACCAGAUACGGAGAGGAAUUCCAAAAUUCACGUUUCGAUCGGAAAAGAUGGUUGAUAUGGUGUGUAUGAUUGAGCACCAGCCCAACCGACUGUUGAUGGGAGGACAUCAGGGUGAUUUGAUCGAUUUUGAUUUGGCAACUUACCAGGAGGUGGGCAGCAUCCCAGCCGGGCACAAUGGUUGCGCGAUUUUGAGAAAUCAUUCUCGAUACCUUUGCGAGGGAGACCCAUAUGGAACAAUUCUGCUCCGAGACCCCAAUAGUCUGUCGAUUGAACAUGAAUUGACUACCCAUGCUGGAAGUUUGUCUGACUUUGACGUACAAGGAAAUUAUUUAGUCUCAUGCGGCUACAGCGGAAGACAAGGGAAUUUGGCUAUAGACCGUUUUUUAAUGGUUCACGACAUGAGAAUGUUGAGAUUGGUAUCGCCUAUUCAGGUGCUAGUUGAACCACAACUGUUGAAAUUUCUCCCAUCUCCGUGUUCUCGUUUGGCAGUAGUGUCUCCGCUUGGGCAACUUCAGCUGGUCGAUACCGUGGAACUCAGCGAACCACGAGUGCAAAUGUUCCAAAUUAAUACAACCGGAUCUCAGUGUCUCACCUUCGACAUCAGUUCUUCCAAUCAAGCUAUGGCUUUCGGGGACCAAUCCGGACAUAUAAACCUAAUCGCCACUGUCAAAAUAAACACUCCCGCGCUUCAGUUCAAUCCGUACUCAAGAGAAACCGAAUUUGCCGAUACGGUCGAGCCGCUACCAAUGGUUUCUAUUACCGACAAAAACUUCCCGUUGUCGUCGAUUCUACUUCCACAUCUCACAACCGGCGAUCGUUGGCUUAGCGACUGGCCAGCGUUCAUGAACACAUAUGAUUAUCUAAAACCGAAGCCAAUUCGUCCGGAGAUUACGGCAACGAUGAAGAUGCAAGGACCAAUUGGAUAUGCUCCUAACCCGAAAACAUCUCUGCGAAAUCAAAUUCCGUAUAUAAUGGACAAAAACUCAGCCUCAAAUCAAUGUUCCACCCCGGUUAGCAGUUCGCAAAAAGGUACCGGCGAACAGGGUCUGAAACUUGUGCCACGCCGCUAUCGCAAAGUGGAGGUUAAAUACAGUAAACUGGGAGUGCAGGAUUUUGACUUUGAGCAAUACAACCAAACCGGUUUCGUCGGACUGGAAGCGAAUCUACCGAACGCAUAUUGUAACGCAAUGUUGCAGGCCCUUUAUUUUAUUGUACCACUACGAAAGGCUAUAUUGUCCCACUGCUGUUCUAAGGAAUUUUGUUUGGCGUGUGAACUGGGUUUCCUGUUCCAUAUGUUGGACGUAGGAACAUCGAGUCAACCUUGUCAGGCCAGUAACUUCCUUCGUUCGUUUCGCACUGUCCCGGAGGCGGCCGCCCUCGGUUUGAUUCUAUCGUCUGAUCGAAGCAACAACGCCAGCAUCAAUUUGAUCAGUCUGAUCCAGAACUGGAAUCGAUUCAUUCUGCACCAGAUCCACUACGAGUUGCUGGAAGCCAUCAAGAAGAAUGAAAACAUGAUGGCCAUUAACGAGCAAACGGUUGGUGUCGGAAGAAGGAUGCAGUUGUCCGCUACACCGCGACCAUUCAUUCCCGGAGCUGAGAUGCAUGUUCAGCAUCCGGAGGAUUAUCAAGAGAUUCUGGACAGCGAGGUUCAGCAGUACGACUCCAAUAACGAGAAGUUUCAAUUUCUGGAGGCGAGCAGUGAUUACGAUGCAACACUGAUUCCCGAAUGUGAACCAUACCCGGAUCCCGCAGAACAAAUGCCACCAUCCAGCAAAAAUUACAACAAGGACGAAACGGAGAUCAGUCGUCUUUUUGGAACUCAACAGAAAACAACGCAACGGUGCUUGAAGUGUAACACAGAGCGAGUAAAGAACAAUAUUCUACUCGUUUGCAAUUUGCUCUACCAACUAAACUCGAAUAAUCGUAACGUGGAUGGAACUUUCGCAUCAAUUCUUAAAAAUUCACUAAGUGUCGAAAAAACCACACCAGCUUGGUGUGAAAAGUGUAACAAAUUCACUCCUACCAAUCAAAAGAGUCGCGUGACCGAUCUGCCGGAAAUCCUGUCCAUCAACUGUGGACUCGAGACGGACAAAGAGCUGGAAUAUCUCAAGAAGCAGAUGAGUCGCCCAUCGGCCCAAGUUGGUGGAUCGUCCGCAUCGGAAAGUGAACCACGCAGCGCAAAUACGGGCAACGGGAAAAUGUGUCGCUAUGGAAUGAACUGCUCCCGUGUGGAUUGUCACUUUUCGCAUCCAAGGAAAUCUUCCCCAGCAGUCAUUAUCUCCAGCGCACCAACACCGGCCCAGCAAAAAUCAUGGUUCCCUUUGAGCUUCAAAAUGAGUCUCGAUGAGAAGGAAAAUCUUGAAAUAGGCUCCCUGAAGAGCGCUUCCAGCUUUAGCGAAAAUUCCGAUGCCAAGGAUGUGAACUUCAGAGAAGACAAACUAUUCCGUAAAUCAAAACAGUACGGUCUGUCGGCAGCUGUAUGCUACAUCAACGAUGGAGCUCAACGUAAUCUUGUGGCCCUCAUUCACGUCCCCAAAGGAUAUCACGAUCUGAAACAGCACCGCAUUCCCGGUUCUUCGACGGAAAUCGACUUCACCGAUGGCAGCUGGUACAUAUUCAACGAUUUUAGUAUUUCUCCCGUGUCGGUGCAGGAAGCCGUUUGGUUCACCCUGGACUGGAAGGUUCCAUGUGUCCUGUUCUACACAAGCACCUCUCUCCGAGAGGAGGUAGCCGACAACAAGGAAUGCCUCACUCAGUACGUCAAUCCCUUCACAAAUGAUUUAUUCAUGGAAGCGAGCCCAACAAUCGAGGACAAAAACUUCAAACCGUUGGGGCAGGAUGAAAUAUUCCAGUCGGGCGAUUUAGUCGCUAUGGACGCCGAAUUCGUAACCUUAAAUCCGGAAGAAAGCGAAAUUCGCUCAGAUGGCAAACUUUCUACCGUCAAGCCGAGUCACAUGAGUGUCGCCCGUAUCACCUGCAUCCGUGGUCAAGGCACUGAUGAAGGGGUUCCGUUCGUUGAUGAUUACAUUUCCACGCAGGAGCAAGUGGUCGAUUACCUAACAAAAUUCUCUGGCAUUAAACCCGGCGAUCUGGAUGCCAACUUCAGUAACAAACGUCUGACCACUCUGAAAAACUCGUAUCAAAAGCUCCGCUAUCUGGUCGACAGUGGAGUGAUCUUCGUCGGUCAUGGUCUGAAGAACGACUUCCGCGUAAUCAACAUCAUCGUCCCACCGGAGCAGAUCGUCGACACCGUUUACCUUUUCCAUUUGCCCCAUCACCGGAUGGUAUCGCUGCGCUUCCUGGCGUGGCAAUUUCUCGGCAUAAAAAUCCAAUCGGAAACGCACGACUCCGUCGAGGAUGCCCGGACUGCUCUUCUUCUCUACAAACACUAUCUGAAGCUGCACACGAAAGAGGAGUUCACAAUGGCACUGUCUAAUCUGUACGAAACCGGCAAAAAAUUGCAGUGGAAGGUUCCAGACUAAGAAUGGGACGGGGAUUGUAAUCAGUAUUUUCACAAAUCGAGAUAAAAAAAACGCAAAACAGAAAUGGAUUGGCAUAAGACAAUUUGAGAUUUGUUUCGUAUUUUAUUCAACUUUAUUUUUUAGGUGAGUUUUACAAUAUAUGUGAGAUGAUUCACCAUCCAAUUUGGGUUCUCAUAAAUACAUUCAUUAUAUAAUUUAUACAAACAGUAUGUCAAAAUCUUUGUCAAAAGGUCAUUACAAUAAAUACAUCUAAUAAAUAGUUCGCCAUCUUGAUGGUGAUUGUACAGGCAAA